AAAAUUUGGAUCUGCAUAAAUAUCCGCAGUCUAUACAUAUAUAUAUAUAACAAACCACUAUUUUCUAUCCCUAUUGUAAAACUUCACUUUCAUAAUUUAAGCAUUAAGAGGUUAAAACCGAAACGUUUUCGAAAGGUAGAAAUACCAAUGGCAUUUAUGUAUAUCACACUUCUGCAAUCUUAUAAGAAUCCUUGAAUGGUAAUUCGAAACGAAUAAUUCGAAACAUCUGAAAGUCAGAGAUGAAGAUCGUGCUUGAUAAUAAGUUGUACAUGUAAGCAUAAAGUGUUCGAAAACCAUGGAGGGCUACCACACGUACAAUUUAUUCUUGCCAUUGUCUCACAUGUGCAAGAUCACCGAAGUGCAAUAUUCGCGUAUAGAAUUCUACAGAAUCCGCAGAUGGCAGUUUGCUGAUGUAUUGUCAAGCAAUCGAUUACAUAAUCUCUAUCUUGUAGAUUGUAGGGGAACACGAAGUGAGUCAUCUGUCGAGCGAAUUGCCGUUGUGUACUCAUGCAUGUGCAAAUCGACAUGUUCGUCGAAGUGUACGAUUCGAUCUGUGUUUCCUGCUUAUUGUCAAGCGCGGUAUAAACAUUCGACACUAUUAAAAGUUUCAAUCCGAUUCUACUGCGUUUCGAAAAUAUUCCACAGGAAGCUGAUUCCACGAUUUCCACAACGCAUAGACAAAAUUGCACCUUGGUGAUCGUAAAGGGAUUAUAAUUUGAUGUUUCGCGAUGCUGUACCACGUGCUCGCUCAUGCUGUUAUUAAAUGGGUUCCCAUUCGACGACGACAAUUUCGGACGACGCAGUGAUAUUCGUGCGCAUCUGGACGAUCUAGCAGCCCGCCACCCAGAAUUUGCCGACCAUCUGUUAGGCCCACCUUGGGGUGACAUCCCCUUCCACGGCUCUUUCCGUAACCGAAAUCGCGACUCUGGAAACAGAGAUCGUAAUAAUCAUCAACAAGGUUACUCUGACGAGGACGCACGAAGCCAAGCAAGCGGAAGUAGCGCUGCCAGCGGAAUCAGUGCCUCCAGUUCGCACGGUGAAGCGGACAUUAAUCAGAAUCAGCAAAAUAAAUCCUCAAAUUUCGAAGAAUCUCAUAGGAAAAAUCAAAUUCCGCAAUACGGAUUACGUAAUACUGUGGAUAUAGGUCAACACCAUCACAACAUGGAAAAUCUUGACAGAGGAAAUCGUGGACAGCGUUCAAUGUCCGCUCCUCCAGAGAAUAGACAGUCUUCUAAUCAACAACAACCUCAACAGCAAGAGCAACAGCCACAGCAGCAGCCACAGGGUCAGAGAUACGUUUCUAGGAUAGAUAUAACGCCACAGCAUAACCAGCCUCAACAACAAAAAUCACAGCAGCAACAGUCGCAGCCACAACCACAAACUCAACAACAACAGCAGAAACCUCAGCAGCAAAGUAACGUUAGGCAUAUUCCAAUUUUUGUUGAAGGUAGAGACGAACCUGUGCUACCAAGAAGUUUCGACGACCCGUCUUCCUUCAGAAGAGCACCUUCUCCUUUCAGAAGAGAACCUUCCCCUCCACAGUUUCACGCACCACCACACUUUCAAAGAACAUUUGGUCAGCACUUUGGUGGAAGACCCCAUCAACGGCCUCCACACUUUCAGGAAUCUUUCUAUCAGCCAGCAAGCGGCUUUGAGCAUCCUUCCAGGAGACAACAGCAGACACACACUUUCCAGCAGCCUAAACAACCUCAGCAGCAACAGUAUUGCGAAAGACAGCCUCAACAGCAAUAUUAUACUGAGAGACAACCACAGCAGCAGCAUUAUGAGCAAUCCAAGCAACAGAAGUCUCAACAGCAGGCUCCGCCUCAACAGCAACAGCAACCUCAGCAACAGGAACCACCAAAACCUAUUGUUCCAAAGGAUCCUCUAGAAAAAGUAGCUCUUGUACAGAAAGAAGUAGACUCUCUGGCUGAACAAGUUAAACAGUAUAGUGGUAACUCGAGGACAGAUAAAGAAUAUAUUUAUCUAGAUGAAAUGCUUACUAGGGAACUGAUUAAAUUGGACGAUAUAGAGACAGAGGGUAGAGAUAAUGUUCGACAGGCGCGCAAGAACGCAAUAAAGACUAUACAGGAAACAAUUAGUUUACUAGAGUCGAAGGCGCCGCUUCCAUCGCAACAAGUAUUGUCAGAGGAACAGGAGAAACAAGAAGUUUCUAAUGUAACCGAGGAGGCUGAACAGACUGGAACAGUGGACAUGCAUCAUAAAGAAGAGGAUCAGUCUCAGAAUAAGGAAGCAAUCCCACUGCCUCCUGCGCCAUCAUCUCCAACGAAAAAAUCUGAAGAAGCUACCGAACCUUCUACAGAAAAAAUAGAGAACUCUGAUACUUAUCACGCCACGAGUCAACAACAGGAUGCUCGGCAGGUUUCCAGCGAACCUAUUGAAACGACUCCAGCGAAGAAGCCGGAAAUGACGUCCAUGGAAGUUCAGCAGAUUCCAGACGAAACUAUUGUAACUGAACAGAAGGAAGUAGAGAACGCUCCUGGAGAAAAGGAACAGGAAAACACUACUGAAGUAAAGGAAACAGAUAUUUCUGCUGAAAAGACCACUGAGAACAUUUCCUCUGAGGGGAAUAAGGAAGUAAAUCCUCUAGAAGAAAAAAAAAUAGAGAAUGUUUCUGAGAAUAAGAAAGUAGAAAACACUUCCAAGGAAAAGAAAACUGAAAAAACUGAUAGUAAACGGCCUAACCAAGAACAACAACAGGAAACAGAGGAGAAAAUGGAGAUAGAGAGUAGUGAGGUAAAGCAGUCUCCCAGGUCAAAAAAAGGAAGGAAGACAAAGAAACAGGCUGCUCCAGUGUCUGAUAAACCUAUACCAUUGCCAGCUCCGGAGAACACUGAGGCUAGUGCAAAUUAGAAUAGCUGGCAGGAAGAAACAUAAAGUGUCACGAUUCUAAUUGGACCAAAGGAUGCAUCAAGCAAGUUAUUCUGUUGGUUGUCGCCAGAACAGAAUAUCAUUAUUUUGGAGACCAAGCGUAGAGAAGCCUUUUGAUGGUCGUUAUUUCUUCUCUGUUUUGCGAUCAUUCUUGGUGCCAGAUCGAUAGGAACGUCGUGGAUCGACGUGAAAAUCGCACAAUCGUCAGCAUAGAAACCACGCCGGCCGGAAACGUUCUUUUGUUCUGUUUCGUUGCUCCUUCGUUCAAGUGGUUGCAGUCAGGUUCAAACAGGAGAAGAGUAUAUAUGUUCAGACAACCUUAUAGCAUAUAGAAUCGUACAACGAAUAUCCAGCACAAAAAGGCUGUCACGCUGUUGCGUUGCAUUUGGACGAAACUGUCCCUCCUGAUUUCUACUCUUCACCCGUGCUGAUUUCAUGGGAAGUCAUAUGGGAAAAGAACAUAGAAUACUCAAGGAAUUGUAUUACACGUUUUGAUAAUGUUCAGUGCAAAGUUUGAUUGCACUCGAAGAAACUGAAAUAUCGGUCUCCUUUUAGGAACAAUUCUUUUCUCUGUUUUUAUUAUUACUAUUUCUUCUUUUUUAAAUUAGUCACGUUAUUUAUUAAAUAUAUUCUUUCUUUUAUUGAGACGUUGAUUGACUAGUUAAUUGGUUAGAUAAUGACUGAGUAAAAGCAAAGGAAUGAAAAAGCAUUUUUUAGGAACCGAUAUUUAGUGUUCUAUAUAUUAUCGAGACUGGCUGGCAUGUAGUCAGUAUUGAUAAUAAGAUUAGCGGGAAGAAUUUGACACGAUUAUGAAAAUGUUUAAACGUGUUGUAUAAUGAAAAUGAUAAUGAUUAUCCACAAGGAAACGCGUUGAGGAUGUCGGAGUCGAACGUUCAAGAAUGGAACGCGUUCGUUUCUUACUAUUAGUAUUACAGCGCACGGCCUGAAGCAUGAUAAAACUAACUUUAUUAUUAUUAUUAUUAUUAUUAUUUCUAUUUAUAAUUUAUUGUGCGUCUGCUGAACGAUUCGAGCACGAUUUUCGUGCCCCUAAUAUAAUAGGUUAUUAAAAGAGGAUGGUUCAGGAAUUUAUAGAUUCUUAAUAACGAAGAGAAUGAACAGAAAAACUUAUACAGCUUCACAUAGUUGUGAUUUUUUAAAUAUCUCUGUAAGCUUUUUCCUUGAUAUACUAAGAAGGGGGAGAACACUAGUUUAAUAUGAAAUGUAGAAGUGAUUGACUAAUUUUAUAGUAUUUAUAAGAUAACAAAAUUAUUUUUACUAUGCAACAUUUUCACUCCAAGCACAUAUAAUUCAUAACAUAGUUAUCUAUGCUGUAUAAAAAUCGAAUUACAUACAGUUUAGGCUGAAACAAUCAAUUUCUAGGUAAAUCAAUUAAGUUCUUUUUUACUUGAUUUACUGUGUAGUAUGAAAUCUGUGAAUUUCUGAGCCACUUUAUUUCAAUCCUAUGUGCAAAUUUGUUGUCACGAAACCAUUGUGUGUGAUAUACGAACCAUGUAUGUACAUAUUAAGAUCGUAUGUGUUCGUUUUAUGAAAAAUGAUGUAUCCCGUUCACAGUUACCUUAAAUCAUUGUUCGAUUUUUAACAAUAUUAAGAAACUUGAUUCUUAUCUCUUGAAAAAAAGAAAAAUUGUCGAUAACAAUAAUGCAUAAAGUGCAUUAUUCUAUGGUUCCUUGUUCAGGGUGAUACUCAUCAUUAUUCUUCCUUUUUUGUUUCUUCUCAUUUUUUUCUUCUUUUUUUCUGUAUGAUAUUUACGUACAUAUGUAUCUGUAGAAAUCACUUGCUCUCAAGCAGAAAUUUUGUAUUUUUUCUGACGUGUGAGAAGUGCGCACGCGCGCGCGCGUGUGUGGUGUGUAGUGUGUGUGGUAAGAAAGAAUAAAUGUAUUAUACAAAAGAAAGAUAUGUGAGAAAGAGUGGAUGAAUAAAUGAUCUAAUUAUCAGUAGAACAUCAGUAUAAGUGCGGCGAAAAUGUAACUAUUUUAUGAACAAACGCAUUCGAUUGAAAAUACAAUCUGCUCGUUUGAAUCAUAUAUUGAUCCUAACCUCAUCAGAUCAUAUUAAAUCAUAUUAAAAAGUCCCUGUCUCCUGUGUUGAUAACAAAAUUCUUCUGCGUCCAUGAAUUACGUCAUUUGUAUUGCCUAUUUUUUUAAAGUGGUAUAAGUCCAAUUUUGACUUGUAAAUUAUACCAUAAGCUUCAUGAUAGACUGAUGUGUUCUGCUGUUAUAUUUUAAUGGUAUAUAGUUAGAGACAUAUUAGUAUUUCCAAAAAUUAUUAAAGAUAUAUUGGUUAAAAAGAAAUUGCAUAAAUGGUUUUAGAUUUAAUGUAUGCAUGUAUAAUAGAUUAUUACAAGCAAUUACAAGUAAAAAUUACUUAGUACCUAAUACUUACUACCUACAGUAGUACUUACUAUAAGUAAGAAUAUCAUUGAUAGCAUUAACUUUUGUAUUGCAAAUACAAUUUUUGUAGCUUUGCUUUUAGAAAUAUUUAAAUAUGUAUUAUGUAUCUCAAUACAAGAAAAAAUGGACUUCUACCAUUAAAAAAAGAAAGAAAAACCAGUUUCUCUAUAAAGGCUUGUAUAAAAUAAUUUUAGAAAAUUUGUUAUAGUUACAAUACGAAUAAAUCAUUUAGUUACCAAA